AUGGCCCCCAACCUCCGAAAAUCCCACCCUCUCCUAAAAAUAAUUAACAACUCCCUAAUUGACCUACCCACCCCAUCAAACAUCUCUGCCUGAUGAAACUUCGGAUCCCUCCUAGGCAUUUGCCUGACUACACAAAUCCUGACCGGCCUCCUACUAGCCAUGCACUACACUACAGACACAACUCUAGCCUUCUCUUCCAUCGCCCACACAUGCCGAGAUGUACAAUAUGGCUGACUAAUCCGCAACCUCCAUGCAAACGGAGCCUCAUUCUUCUUCAUCUGCAUCUACCUCCAUAUUGGCCGCGGACUCUACUACGGCUCAUACCUAUACAAAGAAACUUGAAACACAGGCAUCAUCCUCCUACUUACCCUCAUAGCAACUGCUUUUGUAGGCUAUGUUUUACCAUGAGGACAAAUGUCCUUCUGAGGAGCCACUGUCAUCACCAACCUAUUCUCGGCUAUCCCAUAUAUUGGCCAAACCCUCGUAGAAUGGGCCUGAGGCGGCUUCUCAGUGGACAACCCCACACUAACCCGAUUCUUCGCACUACACUUCCUCCUCCCCUUCGUAAUCAUAGGCCUCACCCUCAUCCACCUUACCUUCCUCCACGAAUCAGGCUCAAACAACCCACUAGGCAUCGUAGCCAACUCCGACAAAAUUCCAUUCCACCCCUACUACUCCACAAAAGAUAUCUUAGGGUUCGCAUUCAUACUCCUUCCAUUAACAACCCUCGCCCUAUUUUCACCCAACCUACUAGGUGACCCAGAAAACUUCACCCCAGCUAACCCACUAGUCACACCCGCACAUAUCAAACCAGAAUGAUACUUCCUAUUCGCAUAUGCUAUCCUACGCUCGAUCCCCAACAAACUGGGAGGUGUCCUAGCCUUAGCAGCAUCCGUACUAAUCCUAUUCCUAAUCCCCCUCCUCCACAAGUCUAAACAGCGCACAAUAGCCUUCCGUCCCCUCUCCCAACUCCUAUUYUGAGCCCUAGUAGCCAACCUUGCCAUCCUAACAUGGGUAGGUAGCCAACCAGUAGAACACCCCUUCAUUAUCAUCGGCCAAUUAGCUUCCCUCACCUACUUCACCAUCCUCCUGAUCCUCUUCCCCUCCAUCGGGGCCCUAGAAAACAAAAUACUCAACCACUAA